AUGAGUGCCGGUACCGUACCGUCGAUGGCCUUGUUAGCGUCGCAGGAGCAGCCGUCGGGGCGCUCGACAAGGUUGUCUCCUCCAUGUCGGGCGGCGGGGAGCGGCGUCCCGGGCAGCGCCAAAUGUGCGAGGCGGUCGCCGUUGCCCUCGAUGAGGACCGGCAUCUGGUGGUCUCGGCCGGCACCGGAACCGGCAAGUCGAUGGCUUAACCGACCUCGCGCCGAUUGCGGCGAGCGGCAAGAAGGCUGUCGUCGCCACGGCCACAAAGGCCCUCCAGGACCAGCUUGUCAACAAGACCUGCCCCAACUGGCGCAGGCCCUGGGCAAGCCGCUGCGGUUCGCGGUGCUCAAGGGCCGGUCGAACUACAUCUGCCUCAAGAAGCUCGGUGAUCUGUCCUCGGCCGCCUCCAGCGAGCAGGGCAGGCUGAUCGAGGCCCGCUCGGCUGAGGAGGCCGGCCGGAUCCGCGAGGAGGUCGCGCGGCUGGCCGACUGGGCCGCCGAGACGCCGGAACGUGCGAACCGGGCCGGUCUCGACUUCGAGCCGUCCCCCCGGGCCUGGGAAGGGGUGAGCGUCUCCGGACGGGAGUGCCCGGGGGCGAACAACUGCCCGUCGGGGCGUAGUGCUCGGCCGAUGCGGGGCCAUGAACGCUGCAGCGACGUCGACGUGCUGGUCGUGAACACCCACCUGUACUGCCUGCACGUGUUCACCGACGCCGAGAUCCUCCCCGCUCACGACGCGUGUGUGCGCAAUUCGAGGACGGCCGGCGAGGUGGACGGCGCCGGCAACAUGCUUCGCGCCGCGCUGCGCUCCUAUCGCGACACGCUGCUGUCUCCCGUUCCCGACGAGCUGGUGGAUCUCGCCGUUCUGUGCCGGGGGCGCCUCGACGCUGCUGAUGCCGAGGUCCGCGAAGCGCCCGGCGACGAGACCCGGCAGAGGAUGCCCGGCAUGACUCCCAUAGCCGGCCUCGCGCCGCAAAGACCUCGCUCGGGCAUCGAACCACUGAGAUCACGAGGACGCGGUAAACUGAUGCUGCCGGUUCGCGCGACCGAGGAGGAGAGCUGUCUGUUCGCGACCAUGGGCAUGUGGCAGGGCGUGGACGUGCCCGGCCGGUCGCUGUCGCUCGUCGUCGUCGACCGCAUCCCGUUCCCCGCCCGCGAAGCCGACUGA